AUGCCCGGCCCAUCUGGCGGGACAGGAGGCGCAGGCGACCUCUCAAAGGUGCGCGCGUUCGCAGCCUGCCGCGCAUGUCGGCAGAAGAAGGUCAAGUGCCUCCCCGGUCCGGCUACCGGUGCAGGCGGCAAUGCCGCCUGCCAACAGUGCACCAUGAGCGGCGCCGAGUGCGAGUACCAGCCGACACGCGACCGCGCCGCCUACUCGCGCGCCUAUGUCCAGGACCUCUCGGGCCGCGUGCAGCAGCUCGAGGCGAUGCAGGCCCGCCUCCUCCCCCUCCUCACGGCGUUCGAAGCGUCGGGCGGCAAGUUGCCCGCUGAUGUCGCCAAGCUCGCCGCUUCCGGCGGCCACGCAGACAGCGAUGACGCACCGCUCAUACGCUCACGAGUGCCGUCGCCCGCCGACGACGAGGACGAGGAGAGCGCACGCUUCCUCACCGACGAGCACGGCAACUACCGCUGGAUCGGAGGUAGCUCGGCCCUCUCUCUCAUGGACUCUUUCUCUGGCGACCGCGAUCUCCCCAGCCGUGUCAAGUACGGCAACAUCCACGACGACCACCACGACCCCUCCGAGGAGUCUCCCCCCGAGUCUCACCCCUACUUUGCUCCUGUCGCCGGGGCCGGCGUUAUCCGCGCCAUCCCUGGUGUCGAUCAAGUCACCUUCCCGCCCCGCGCCGACUCUGAGCGCAUGGUCGACGCCUUCUUCGCCGAGGUCCACCCCGUCCUCCCCGUGCUUCUCGAGAAUGAUUUUAGACGCCGCUUCAAGAGUCUUAUGGACAAGGUCGAGGCCGGCGACUUCAGCAACAUUCGCGCAGGCUUUAUGAGCGUUGUCUUCGCAGUAUUUGCGCUUGGCGAGCGCGUCCUCGUUACGUCGGCUGCAUGGCACCGGAUGCGCUCCAAGUUGAGCAAUGGCGAGUUGUCGGACCAGGACUCGCCACAGCCAGGCGAGGCCGAGGCAGGUGUGAUAUGGUUCGAGCGCGCGCAGGUGUUGCAUUACUCGUCCAUCCGCGAGAUCGACAUCUACCAGGUACAAUGCUUGACGUUACUGUCUGCCUUCCAGGCCGCCGUCAACUCGAUGCCCAUGAGCUGGCUGCUUGCGAGCCAGGCACUCCGCAUCGCACAGGACAUCGGGUUGCACCGCGCUGCGCCGCGGUUCAAGGUCAGCUUCAAGGUGAAGCAGUUGGGCGCGCGCGCGUGGUGGGCAGUGUAUGGGUUGGAGCGUCUCGUGUCGAUCACACUUGGGCGUCCCUUGUGUGUCGAGGACGCAGAUAUCGACCUCGCGUACCCCGCAGCCGUUGACGACGCCACAAUCGACAGCUUCGGCGACGCGCUUACGGAGGAAGCGGGCAACUUGCCAGAGGAGAAGCAGGACUGCACGAUGAGCGGGUUUGUGGCUCUCACCAAGUUGUGUAAGAUUGCCGGGCGAGUCGCGCAGCUGCUCUACCGCCCCAGUGGGCGCAGCGUCAACGACCCGCAGUGGAGCGAGCAGCAGCAGAGGACCAUCGACAAGCUGGACAAGCUGCUGCGCGAGUGGCUGCAGAACGAAGUGCCACAAAAGUACAAGGACCCGUCGUCGUCGCGCGCCGUGUCGCUCAUGUCGGCGGUACUCUCCAACUCGUACUUCGCCGUGCUCAUCACGCUGCACCGCAACCUGCUGCCGUCCAACCCCAACUUCCCGCGCCCGAAGCCGAUCGCAUCGAGCCAAAGCCUCGCGCACUGCGUGGAAGCCGCGCGCUCCGUGAUCCACGUCGCCGCGCAGAGCAAAGUGCUUGUGCCUGUAUCACACCACCUCGCCGUCUUCUGCCAGUACCUCUGGUCUUCGGCCGUGAUCCUGCUGCUGUGCGAGACGCGCGCGAAAGAGCAGGUCGUCGUGGAGGCGGUCGGCGCACACGUCGAAAGCUGCCGGCAGUCGCUGCGCGCGCUCGAGCCCGUGUGGCCCGGCGCGUCCAAGCUGCGCGAGCUGCUGCGCGAGGUCGAGACGCGCGCGAAAGAGGUCCGCGCCGCCUCGCGGCCGAGUAAGAAACGCAAGGCCGAGACGAACGGGCGCGCGCGCGCGCCCCCCGCCAAGCCCGAAGUAUGGGCGCCGCAGGGCGCACCCUUCCCCACGCCGCCGAUCACCAUUGCGCCCUCGACGCUCGCGGGCACAUUCGACAUCUUCGACGUCGGGGGGAUGACGUUUGACGGGCUCGAAAUGUUGAACGCAUUCACGAGCGACGCGUGGCAGGGCCAAGGCCAAGGUCAAGGCCAGAACCAGGGCCAGAGCCAGAGCCAGAGCCAAGGCCAGAACACGACGUCGCCCAUGACGGGGGUGACGCCGACGGGGACGGCGGGCUCGACGGGCCACGAAGCCAAGCCCCUCCUCUCGCCGGCGCACCGCAUGAGCGAGGUCCAGACGACGCCGACGCUGUCGCCCCACGGGCCCGGAGCAAAUCCGUGGCAGCAGUUCGGGCAGAGUCCGGGCGGGCCGGUGCCGCCCGAGAUCGCCGAGAUCUGGAGCCAGAUCGCGGGAUCCACCUUCGACUGGCAGGCGGAUCCGAGCGUGCCCUUCAAUAUCUAG